UCUACAGCUUGUGCAGAGAACGAAGAGGGUGAUGCUGAGAAUGAAGAGGAUGAGCACGGAGACAAAUGCAGCCUCUGGUUGCACCUCCGCCACCCAGCCCACCAGGGGAAUGCAGCUUGACCCAUUAGAGAGACCAGUAUGAAUAACUGAAGACCAGGAGUCAAAGUUUGAGCAAAACAGAUGCUGUACAGGUAUUAGAAGUAGAACACACACACAGGAGCAUAAGCGAUUAAUCAAAAAGAUGCCAGCUCAUUUUAGCCUGGCAGAGCAGGAGCUGGAGUGGAGAAAGACAGGCAAGGCGGCAGAGCUGGGUCUCUCCAUCAGCACAGAAAAUGGACCACUGAAGAUGUGCGACAUUGCAAGGACGCAGAGAGAUCCCAGUUCUGACGUGAAUCCUACAGCCUCUGAGCAUAAGAGAAAAGCAUGUGCUCCAUUGUACAUCAAAUCAGCACAGAUUAAUAUCAACAAAAGAAAUGAACAUAUGGCAGAGUCAAAUGCAGUAAAGGUGGAAGAGAGGCUGCGGUUGGCCCGAGAACGAAGAGAGGCAUACCAAAAACAGCUGGCGUUGCGUGAACGCGGAUGGUUGGCAAGAGAGGAACGGGCCAAGCAGUUCUAUGAGAAACGCUUGGAAGAGCGGCGCAAGAAGUUGGAUGAGCAGCGACUAAGAGAGGAGAUGAGGAGGAUGGCUGUCAAGGAGAAAUGUAGACAGAGGCUCAAAGAAGAAAAAUUAUUGGACAGGAGCGUUAUGAGGUAUGUGAUGCGAAAGACGAUGGAGAAAAGUCAGAAAGCCAAACAGAAACUUGGCCACUGCUCUCUCCAGGUCACCAACAACACUGGGAGCAAAUCAAAUGCUCAACGCCACUCUCUUAGCCAAUGGGAGAUUGAACUCAUAAUUCGACUUCAGACUCCCACCGUCUCCUAUCUAGCCAGGAGUAGGAGCUCUGUGUUUCUGUCCCGAGUCACAGUUGUUCAUGUUUGUCAUCGUUCAGCCUCAUGCCAUUCUAUGAACUCUAGCAACACACAAAAGCCCCAGAUCUAUUGUGGGAAAGCAGUAAAUAACCUUGCCAGCUCAGGUACAAAAGCCACAAUCUGCAAAACUACCAAUAGAGAUCUGGUGGCAACAAGGGAUGUUGAGGAAAAAGAUUUGAAGAUACACCUUCAAUCAUCAACUGGAAUCAAGCCCAAAGUGGACACAAACCCACAGGGAAAUGCAGUACCCCCACCAUUAGGGCUGCAGAACAGACAUGUCAGACAUAAAACACUUAAACUAGAUGGUUUGCCUCCACUCCCAGAAGAGGAGGAUCUGGAGCCAGAGCAUGAACUCUCCUCUGGCUCUCUAAAACCAGACGAAACAACUCCACAAUGUCUGCACAGAGAUGUUAAACAGGAUGGGCAACUUCAGUUGAAUUUACCAACAAAUGGACCUCUGAACCCACCACCCUGCUCUCAGAUUCCUAAUGGACCGAAACGCAAUGGUGAUGAAGCCCAGGUCAGACCUGCUGCUUGGACCACAGGCCCUGAGGAGGUCAUUCGCCUGCUGGCAGAGAAAAGGAGACAAGCCAGGAUCCAGAGAGAGAAGGAGGAUGAGGAAUGCAGACAAGAGACAGAGCAGGUAGAGAGAGAAAGAGAUAGACUUUUCAGGGAGGAUCUGGCUUGUCAGAGAGCUGAGGAACGAGCCAAACAAGAAGCAAAGGCCCUCAGACUGCAGGAGGAUAUGAGGAAGAGGGAAGAUGAAGAGCGACUGCAGGCUGAGGAAGUGUAUACUCGCAGACAGAUAGAGGAAAACAGGCUUCAUCAACAGAGAGAGUCUCACCAGAGGGUAAUGGCAGAACAGCAGAGACUGGAAAGAGAGAGACACUUCCAGAUAGAAGAGACUGAGCGCCAAGAGAGAAAAAAGCGUCUGGACGAAAUCAUGAAAAGAACACGAAAGACAGACUCAGAAGAGAAGAAACUUGUAUCAGUGAAGCGCAACUUUCCUUGUGAGAACGAAAAGCCUAUAAUCAGGAUACCGAAUCCGGGAAAAACCCCAAAGCUGGAACUGAGGGACGAGGAGGAUAUGCUUCCUGAGGUGGCCUUCAAGGAACGUCGAUCUUUCCGCACUCUCUCUGGCCUGGAAGAGAUACAGGCCCAUCAGCAAACAGGAAAGAAGUGCUGGCUGUCUCAUGUUCCAGCUGGAGAAACUUAACUACGCUGUUCAAUUCAGUUCAGUAACACUCAAACAGUUCAGGACAGUAUUGCUGCAGUCUGGAUGGAUGUUUAUCUGUUAUCCGUUUGGCAAAGUUGUUUACCUGCUUUAAUGCUUGUCUAAUGGGAGCCAGCUGGUAGGUAGCUGUCCAGUAUGUAAACCUCACUCCCCUGGCCUCAAGAGGUGCCCUAGCAACUGACGCUAGAGGCUGUAGCCUUUAUCCUCCUUGUUAGCAUGCCCGCCCCAAAAGAACGUCGCAGGACAUAACGAACGGGCUGGUCAAUCUAUUCCAGGACUCAGGCUUGGAUGAAUGGAGGACAACGUUGGUCGCUGUUUGCACAGAUGGAGCUGCGAUCAACGUCGGUAUGUACAACGGCGUUCUACCAAAUCUACAGAAAAUGACCGCGAUUGGGGAUUCACUUGUGCAUAUUCUGUGCACUGCACACACACUUGAGAACUGCGCAAAAUCAGCUGAUCACAUGGUUUCAUAUUGUGAGACAUUUAAUCACUCUGUUGUCAAGCUGCUGCAAUUUUAUUUACAUAAAGUUGGAGCAAAAAAAGUUGAAGCACUAAAGAUUUGUGAUGAGAAUGGCAUCUCCUUUUUGAAAUUAGGAAAGUUUCACAAUAUUAGAUGGUCUGCAUGGAGGCACGAGACACUGUUGAAAAUAUUUAGACUAUUGCCAGCCAUUCAAAUGCAACUGGCUAUGACAAAUGACAGCGAAUUGAAGCAUAUCUACACAGAGCGUUUUCAGUGUUUUCUGUCCAACAUGCUUGACAUUGGCAACAUUUUGCAGUUGACAUCUCAAAGGUUUCAGCAGGAAAAGCUGACCAUAGGAGAAUGUAAAGAUGAACUCAUGCAAGCCUGUGGACAGUUCACACUUUUGCUUGAUGGUGAAGGCCAGCAUAGAAAAAAAAAUACCAUUUCCAAUGCUGAUGCUGAUGCUGAUGCUGACAGGGACAGGGACAGGGACAGGGACAGGGACAGGGACAGGGACAGGGACAGGGACAAAAUUCUGUUACUCAGAGUACUAAUUGGAGACUUCAUGGCUUGGUUUGUGCUCUGACAUGCACUGUUAACUGUGGGACCUUAUAUAGACAGGUGUGUGCCUUUCCAAAUCAUGUCCAAUCAACUGAAUUUACCACAGGUGGACUCCAAUCAAUCUGUAGAAACAUCUCAAGGAUGAUCAGUGGAAACAGGAUGCACCUGAGCUCAAUUUUGAAUGUCAUGGCAAAGGCUGUGA